GAUAAGAGGCUGCAGAAAAGUCACAAGACCAGUCAGCUGAAUUUCGGUGCUGUGUCGCAGUAGUGUGAAAAACACUCGGUAAUAUUUGAUAAAUUUUCAUAAAUUCUGUGCUUGAAUUUGUGUGUGCCGAGCGUCGUCGCAAGAAAGCCCUCAAAAUGACUACCGCCUUGUAUUUGCCCGAGGAAAACAUUGAUAUGAUUGCUGCCACCUCGGUGCUGCAGCAGCAGGCGGCGGACAUCAGGACCAGGACGAUCAACUGGGCAUCCUACAUGCAGUCGCAGAUGAUCAGCGAGGAGGACUACAAGGCGAUCAGCGCCCUGGACAAGUCACGUGCCAGCCAUUUGGCCCAGAACUCCAGCCAGGUGGUCAAGACGCUGCUGAAUCUGGUCUCUCAUCUGUCCAAGGACUCGACCAUCCAGUAUAUACUCGUGCUACUGGACGACCUGCUGCAGGAGGAUCGCUCGCGGGUGGAUCUGUUCCACGAGACGGCCGGCAAGCUGAAGCAGUGCAUCUGGGGUCCCUUCCUGAACCUGCUGAACCGCCAGGACGGCUUUAUCGUCAACAUGUCGUCGCGCAUCCUGGCCAAGUUCGCCUGCUGGGGCCACGAGACCAUGCCCAAGUCCGAUCUGAACUUCUAUCUGCAGUUCCUCAAGGAUCAGCUGGCCAGCAAUGGCUUAGCGUAUCUCCAAGAGAUGGCCCUGCUGGCCAAGCGGACACAAACGAUCAUUGUGCACACGCAUGGACAGCAUGGCAAAGACAAAGACAACCAUGGCCACCAGUACAGUCCCACACUGGCCCAGCUCCAGCAGCAGCACGAGCUGGCCGAGAGGGCCAACGAGAGCUAUCGGGAGGUGGGCGGUAGCAGUGAUCACCAGCAGCAGGACGGCAAAUGUGUGAUACCGAACAACGAAUACAUCCAAUCGGUGGCCCGGUGCCUGCAGAUGAUGCUCCGCGUGGAUGAGUACCGAUUCGCCUUUGUGGGCGUCGACGGAAUCAGCACUCUGAUCCGCAUCCUCUCGACUCGUGUUAACUUCCAGGUGCAAUACCAGUUGAUCUUCUGCCUAUGGGUGCUGACCUUCAAUCCCCUGCUGGCCGCCAAGAUGAACAAGUUCAGCGUGAUCCCCAUCCUGGCUGAUAUCCUCAGCGAUUGUGCCAAGGAGAAGGUGACCCGCAUCAUCCUCGCGGUCUUCCGCAAUCUGAUCGAGAAGCCGGAGGAUUCAUCGGUGGCCAAGGACCAUUGCAUCGCCAUGGUCCAGUGCAAGGUGCUGAAGCAGCUAUCCAUUUUCGAGCAGCGUCGCUUCGACGACGAGGACAUUACCGCCGAUGUGGAGUACCUCAGCGAGAAGCUGCAGAACUCGGUGCAGGACCUGAGCUCCUUCGAUGAGUACGCCACUGAGGUGCGCAGCGGUCGCUUGGAAUGGUCGCCUGUCCACAAGUCGGCCAAGUUCUGGCGCGAGAAUGCCCAACGCCUCAACGAGAAGAACUACGAGCUGCUGCGCAUCCUCGUCCACCUGCUGGAGACCUCCAAGGACGCCAUCAUCCUCUCUGUCGCCUGCUUCGACAUCGGAGAAUAUGUGCGUCACUAUCCCCGCGGCAAGCAUGUGCUGGAGCAGCUGGGUGGUAAACAGAUCGUAAUGCAGCAUCUUGGUCACGAGGAUCCCAAUGUCCGGUACGAAGCCCUGCUGGCCGUGCAGAAGCUGAUGGUACACAACUGGGAAUACCUGGGCAAGCAGCUGGAAAAGGAAAACGAGAACCAGAAACAAGGUGCCGCCCCCAUCUCUGGCAAGGCCUAAGGGGUCCAAUCAAUCAGUCAUCCAUGCACAGGCACACAACAAAUAUUUUAGCCAGGCCGCCAGCCUGAGACCUUAACUAACAAUAAGAGCUGUGGAGGCAUCUAUAAAUCCAACCUGAUCCUCCACUUCUCCACCAUACUUACAAUGAUGUUUGUUCUUGCUACUUUUAAGUGCAUGUUUGUUCCCUUUUUAAACUAAGUUCUUGUUUAGCCCAUACCUCCGUUUACACCCAUUACGCCCUCAGUCCAUAGAACGUAUUGAAAGAACAAUUCGAUUUUUUGUUGGCAUUCCAAAAAAGCAAUUCACUGUAAUGGCAGAGCAAAUACAAACAGCUAUCCUCUACGAUUGUUCCAUUCAAAUCGAUUGUUUAUAUUUUGUUGUUAUUAUUAUUUGUGUUCUUAAUUUUAUGUGUGCGCCGCUGUACAGAGUUUUUCUAAACCAGAUGAUAUGCACUUCUUAUGUAUUAUAAUCGCGUCAGCGCACCCACAACUAAACAAAAAACAAAACUAAAGAAAACAAAAAUAUAUUGUAUAAACCUAUCAAGUAUUUCUUUCAUUUAAAACUAAAUCAAAUAAGCAUAAUUGAAAUGAAAAAUAUGUAUUGCAUAAUAAAGUUGUUAUUAAAGUGUA